AUGCAGCUCUCAUUGUUGGCUCUUCUUGGAGCAUUGGCGCUGCCCAGCGCUGCUGUUCCCCAUGCGCGCGAUGAGGGACAAUGCAAGCAGACCACUGUUGCUAUUCUUGGUGGAGGAAUGGCUGGUAUUGCUGCUGCUCAAACGCUGCACAAUGCCUCCAUGGAUGACUUCAUGAUCCUCGAAUACCGCGACACCAUCGGCGGUCGCGCCUGGCAUAAGCCCUUCGGUCAGGACAAAGAUGGGAACCCAUACAUCAUUGAGAUGGGUUGUAACUGGGUCCAAGGACUCGGCACUCCUGGGGGUCCGCAGAACCCCGUCUGGACACUGGCCCAAGUCUACAACCUCUCCACCAUCUACUCCAACUACAGCAACGUGUCGACCUACAACCAGCACGGCUACAAAGACUACUCCCACCUGAUCGACACCUGGGAUGACAUCUACGACACCGCCGCCGCCCAAGCCGGCGUCAUGCUCCUCGACAACCUGCAGGACCAGACAGCCCAGACCGGACUGGCCCUCGCCGGCUGGCGCCCCAAGGUCGACGACAUGGAAGCACAAGCCGUUGACUGGUGGUCAUGGGACUUCGAAGACGCCUACACGCCCCUCGAAAGUUCCUUUAUCUUCGGCGUCGCAGGCCAAAACCUCACCGUGAACGGCUUCAGCGACGAAGACAACUUUGUCAUCGACCAACGCGGCUACAGCCACAUCAUCCACGGCAUGGCGUCGACCUUCCUCAAGCCCAACGACACUCGCCUGCUCCUCAACAACCACAUCACCAACAUCAGCUACUCCGACUCCGGUGUGACCGUCCACAGUUCCGACGGCUCCUGCGUGCGCGCCUCCUACGCCAUCUGCACCUUCAGUCUGGGCGUAUUGCAACACGACGCCGUCACCUUCACCCCGUCCCUGCCCGAAUGGAAGAAAGAAGCCAUCGAAGGCUUCACAAUGGCCACCUACACCAAGAUCUUCCUCCAGUUCAACGAGACCUUCUGGCCCGAAGACACCCAAUACUUCCUCUACGCGGACCCCUACAUGCGCGGCUACUACCCCGUCUUCCAGUCCCUCAGCACCGAGGGCUUCUUCCCGGGCUCCAACAUCAUCUUCGUCACCGUGACGGAGCAAUUCGCCUGGCGCGCCGAACGCCAGUCCGACGAGAAGACCAAAGCAGAGGUGAUGGAAGUCCUGCGCAAGAUGUUCCCGGAGAAGGAUAUCCCUGACCCGAUUGCGUUCAUGUACCCGCGGUGGACCCUGGAGCCAUGGGCUUACGGCAGUUACUCGAACUGGCCGCCCAGCACGACGUUGGAGAUGCAUGAGAACCUGCGUGCCAAUGCGGGGAGACUGUGGUUUGCCGGUGAGGCAACCAGUCCAACCUACUUUGGGUUCUUGCAUGGAGCUUGGUUCGAGGGCCAGGCUGCGGGGCUUCAUCUUAGCAGUAUCUUGAACGGCACUUGCAAGGCGAAUACUACUUGCAAGGGCAGGAAGCAUUACGAGACGUUGCACGGCACGACGCCAUUGUCGGAUUACAGCUUCGUGGAUGGAUGGAACGGAAACAGUUUUUAUGAUUUUAACGAUGAUUAA